AUGGCCGCCGCAAUCAAAGCUAUCAACGCUAAAAUCCGCUCCAACAAGGCGCUGGAUUAUUUCUGCUCGACCCAUUUCUGGGGCCCGGCCUCCAACUUCGGCAUCCCGCUCGCCGCCGUCAUGGACACGCAGAAGGACCCUGAAAUUAUCUCCGGUGGCAUGACCGGUGCUCUUGUCUGCUACUCGGCCACCUUCAUGCGCUACGCCCUCGCCGUCCAGCCCAGGAACUGGCUCCUCUUCGGCUGCCACCUCGUCAACUUCUCGGCGCAGACCGUCCAGGGCUACCGCUACCUGAACCACUGGCACAUGGGCGGCAGGGAAAAGUCUCUCGAGGCCCAGGCUAAGGAAGGCCUCGAGGCUGCGAAGGCCAAGGUCACCGGCGCUUAA